AUGGCCUAUAAAUCCAUAAACCAUAUUACACUUCUAUACCACAUCCACUUACACUACCAAUCGGAAAACCAAACGACAAAAACAACACCCAAGAGAAUGAAACCUGCAGAGAUGGAAAGCAUUAUUCAAAUGCUAAUCGGUCAGGCAGAGGAGGAGGUCACCGCUCUAACAAACCUUCAGAGUGAUUUCUUCUUCCACAAGGAGAUGAAGAACGAAGUACUGGAAAACAUGAGUCGCUGCCCUAAGUAUACCAACUAUCUCCAGAUGAAAGACAUUCUCACCAGCAGCACAUACGAUGCAUCAAAAAGAAUCCAAGCCAUCUACAAGCUCCAGAAGGAGACCGAGGCCACCAUUAACGACCUCUAA